AUGCCAGGAAAAUACAACGCUGAGCAGAAGUGGUCCUCAUCGACACGUUCCGACCGGGCCUAUUCUCCAUAUGGCAGGACCACGACCUCACGCAAUCAAUUUGACGCCACACGAUCUUCCAAAGCGACUGGCCGAGGGGCCCAAAUAGAGUAUUCCUACAUACCUUAUGAGAAGCCUCUUCCACCUCAGACACAAGUGCCACAUCGCUAUGAUCUUCGCCGAACUAGCGCUCGUAGCAGCCGAAGCAAUGCAGCUGGACAGACCAGGAAGACAAGCAGCGGCAGAGUCCGCAAGGCAGUGACAACUCAACGUCCGCCCAGGAGUCCAGAAUACUGGUCUGAUACUAGACUAGGCACAAUCGACGCGCGUGUGGAGCAACAGGUAAAUCACGGUCCUGUGUUUGAUGUGGCGCAUAUCCGGGUCGCUCCUCCUCCAAGACGUUCCUCUCACGAUCUUCGCAUGGCCAAAGCUCGAAGCAUCUUCGAAACCGAUCCGCAAGCAGCACCUAUAUAUGGUGUACCUUACGACGAAGACUCCCGAAAGCGUGGACAAUGUUCAGCUCUCUAUCAUGGUCACCUCAAUAGUGGCGUUUCCAAAAUCAUCUCCCCAGACCGCAGUCAAUUCCUCGAGCGUCAGGAAGACAUCGAUCAAGGUAUCAAAUCGAGCUGGUGGGGCUUUGGCCAGACAAAUAGCUCUCUCUCCCUAUUGGGCGCCAGAGUUGCGCAGGAGGAAUUGAAGGGAGUUUCAUACUACCCGAGAGUGCAGAAAUUCAAGAACACAAUGCGUUUGCUCGAGAGGCGAAAUACAUUGGAUCGAUUGACAUAUAAUGAACAGGAGGAGCUGAUCUCGUGGUGGCAGAGUAAGUUUGGGAAGAGUGAGGACAAAGUAUCGUCCUCGAAACGAGUGACGAAGGCAAAAAAAGGAGGCAGUUCAUGGAAUCCAUUCAGUCGACACUAUUGGAGAAGACGGCGUGAAAGGAAGGAGGAGGAGAGACGCCGAGAACAACUGAGGAAGGAGAUGGAAGGACAAUCUCUGAGCGAGAGGUACAACAGCAGCAUAUAUGGUCCCAGCCAUAACAGCACCGAGAGCGUGCUGUCGUAUCCGCUUCGCAAUCCUAAGUAG